AUGAAGAGAACAACACUCUGUUUAAUUCUUUUUAAUUUUUAUUUAUUAAUUAUAAAAGACAGUUGUUCUAAAUCCAAUUUAAGGAAUAAUCCAAAUUUUUUUUAUGAAUCAGAAGACAAUAAUAAUUUUCAAAUAAAAUUACCUACUAUUACUUUUUCAUCGAACAAUAAUAUAAAUAGUUAUAAAAAUUAUGAAAAAAUUGCAAAAAAUGUUAUACCGGAUAAUAUUGAAUUAUCAUCAUAUUCUUUCUUACCAUCGUUGUUAAACGCAGUGUAUUUGUUUUCAUCAUUGUGUUUUAUAUUAUGUUUGACAGGUUUAAACGAUCAUAAGACGUCAAAAAGAGGUAAUAUGUUGGGUUUUAUAGGAAUAAUAGCUGCAAUUAUAGUAACAUUCAGCCAAGUAGGUUUUGGAUUUAGAUACGAAUUAUUUUUUUUAAUUGUAAUACCAGCUGCUAUUAUAGGGUUAUAUAUUGCUCAUAAUGUAAAUAUGAUUCAAAUGCCACAGUUAGUUGCACUAUUUCACAGUUUUGUUGGAUUAGCUGCUCUACUUGUAGGAUUUUCUAAAUUCCAUUCUGUGUCUUUUGAAAAUUAUGAAAUGAGUACAAUUCACUUGAAUGAGAUAUAUAUAGGAACGUUUAUUGCUUCUAUUACAUUUAUUGGAUCAUUAGUUGCAGCUGGAAAAUUAAGUGGAAUUUUAGAUAGUAAAUCUUUGAAAUUAAAAACAAAAAAGUUAAUUAAUAUUUCAUGUAUGGUUAUUAUUAUAAUAUUAGGAUAUUAUUUUGUUAAUAGCAAAUCUUUAUACUUAAAAACUAAUUUUUUAUAUACUUCUUUUAUUAUUGAAUUAUUUCUUGGUUUUCAUUUAAUAGCAUCUAUUGGUGCAGCAGAUAUGCCUGUAGUUAUAAGUGCUUUAAACUCUUAUUCAGGAUUUGCUACAGCUAUAAGCGGAUUUUUGCUUCGUAACAAUUUAUUAAUUAUAUCAGGAUCACUUAUUGGCUCUUCAGGAGCUAUAUUAUCUUACAUUAUGUGUGUAGGGAUGAACAGAGAUAUUCUUAAUAUAAUAUUAGGAGGAUGGGAUGAUUAUGAAGAAUCAAAUGAAACUCUACAAGAAAAAGAAAAAAAAAAAUUAGCAAAUUCAACAACAAAUAAGUACGUUGCAGACAACUUAAUAAAUGCAAAAAAUAUUAUUAUAGUUCCAGGGUAUGGUGCUGCUGUUAGUAAGUGUCAAAGAGAAUUAGCUGAAAUUUGUAGUAUUUUAAAAUCAAGAAAUAUAGAAGUAAAUUUUGCCAUUCACCCAGUUGCAGGAAGAAUGCCAGGUCAUUUAAAUGUACUAUUAGCGGAAGCCAAUAUUCCCUAUAAUAUUGUCAAAGAAAUGAAUGAAAUUAAUCCAAUAAUAUCAAAUGCUGAUAUAGUUUUAGUAGUUGGGGCUAACGAUAUCGUUAACCCUUCUUCUUUAGAUCCUUCGAGUAAAAUUUAUGGGAUGCCUGUUAUUGAAGUAUGGAAAAGUAGGCAAGUAAUUAUUUUAAAAAGAAGUUUAAGUCCCGGUUAUUCAGCCAUUGAUAACCCAUUAUUUUAUUACUCCAAUACGCUUAUGCUUUUUGAGGAUGCUAAAUAUUCAACUAAUCAAAUUUUGACUAUUUUAAAUGAUUAUAUAAGUCAUAAACAUCCUAUAGUUACGAAAGAAGAUAAAAAAAAUUUUCAAGAAAAAGCGGAAUAUGGAUCACUGAAUUCUAUAGUCGAUAGUUUACCUAGUGAAGAAGAUAUAAAAUUAGAAGAAGAUUAUCCUAAACCUAGAAGAGUUAUUGGUCUAGUAAAAGAUGAUAUCGAAGAAAAAAAAGAUAAUGACAAAAAAGAAACUGAAGUCAAUUUAACUUUAGUUCCUCUUACACCCAAAUUUAUACCUAAUUUAAGAAAAAUGGGUUUUCGUGUAUUAGUAGAAGAAGAUAUAGGAGCAAAUAUAUUAAUAAAAAAUGAAGAAUAUGUUAAAUAUGGUGCUGAGAUAACUUUAAGAGAUACUAUUUUUAAACAGAGUAAUAUCAUAUUAAAAGUAGAUCCUCCAAAAAUUAAUUUUAUAGAUGAAAUAUCAAACAAUACAAUAUUAAUUAGCUAUUUAUGGCCAGGCAUCAAUCAAAAUUUAUUAGAAAAAAUAGUGGAAAAUAAGAAAAAAAAAUAUAUUACAUAUCUAGCUAUAGAUGAAGUUCCUAGAUCAACCCGUGCACAAAAAUUAGACGUUAGAAGUUCCAUGAGCAAUUUACAAGGAUAUAGAGCUGUUCUAGAGGCUUUUUUUAUUUUACCACGAUUUAGCAAAUCUUCCUCCACUGCAGCUGGAAAAAUAAACCCUGCAAAAGUUUUUGUUGUUGGUGCUGGUGUAGCGGGGUUACAAGCAAUUAUAACAGCAAAAAGUUUAGGAUCGAUUGUAUAUGCACAUGAUUCAAGAUUAUCAACUGAAGAAGAAGUGAAAAGUUGUGGUGGUAUAUUUGUUCCUAUACCAACUGAUGAACCAAAUAAUUCUGAUAUAUAUGCAAAAAUGAUGAGUGAAAAUUAUAUGAAAAUUCAAAGGAAUUUAUUCAAAAAAAUUAUUAAGAAGUGUGAUGUUUUAAUUUGUGCAGCAUUUAUUCCAGGAAAAACUUCUCCAAAGUUAAUAACCACUGAAAUGAUUAAAUCAAUGAAAACAGGAAGUGUAGCGGUAGAUUUGGCUACUGAAUUUGGUGAUAAGGAAAAUAAUUGGGGUGGAAACAUUGAAUGUUCUCAAUCAAACAAAAAUAUCAUUAUAAAUGGUGUUCAUAUAUUAGGAAGAGAUAAAAUAGAAAGAAAUAUGCCAUUACAGGCUUCUGAUUUAUUUUCAAUGAAUAUGGUAAAUUUGUUAGAAGAAAUGGGAGGAGGAUUACAAUUUAAUGUUGAUAUUAAUAAUGAUAUCAUUAAAUCAUUAGUUGUGAUAAAAGAUGGAAAUAUAUUAUAUUCACCUAACAAAUUAGUUAGUAAGUCAAUUAAGAGUGAAAGUGUAUUUGCAUAUGAGGAAAGAGAAAUCAUAGAAUCUUCUCCAAAAAAAAAAAUUAAAUAUCCUACAGGGACACGUUUGACAGAAAAGUUUAUUGAAUCGGAUUAUCUCUUUUAUAUUUCUAUAUUUUUUGCAGCAAUACUCACACUACUAGCAGGAGUAAUAUUAUCUCAAUACGAUUUACAUCAUUUAUUUUUAUUUACAUUAUCAAUAAUUGUUGGUUAUUAUUGCGUUUGGUCAAUAACCCCAUCUCUACACACACCAUUAAUGUCCGUAACUAACGCGUUAUCUGGUGUUAUAAUCAUAGGUAGUAUGAUUGAAUAUGGAAAUGGUUUUAAAAGUUUAAGCUCAAUUUUAUCAAUAAUAGCUACGUUUUUAUCCGCUGUCAAUUUAUCUGGUGGAUUUUACGUUACAAAAAGGAUGCUUGAUAUGUUUUUUAAAUAA